AUGGCGCGUGUGCUGUCCCCGGGAGAGCCACUGACCCGCUCACGAACGUCGCUCUUCCUCUCGUACCGCGACUCGUCCAUCCGACCUCCUUCAACUCCCGCAACGCCUUACCCGCGCUACUACGAAGACGACUACGACCUGGACGAUGAGGAGGCGGGCUUGCUCGUUCCUGGUGGAUCGAAUGGCGAACAAGUCAGGCGCGGCAGUGCGAUAGGCUUGGCUGCGACGAGGAGGGCGAGUGGGGCGGUCCCGACAAGGAGAGGGAGUGUAGGAGGACAGCUGCCGCCUAAGUGGGUCGACGUGGCGGACAAGGUCGACGAGGUGAUCCUCCAGGUCAAGCCGAAGAUCGCUCAGCUUGACAAGCUUCACGCGAAGCACCUCUUGCCCGGCUUCAAGGACCGAACCGCCGAGGAGCGCGAGAUCGAGGCGCUCGCAACCGCAAUCACCUCCGACUUUCGCACCUGCCAGUCCUCCAUCCGCCUCAUCGCCGAACAAUCGCAAGCCCUGCUCGCCUCGCGCGCAACUUCCGCCGCAGACGCAGAGAUGAAGCGGAUAGACCUCAUCAUGGCGGCGAAUGUACAGACGGCGCUGGCGACCAAGGUGCAGGAAUUGAGUACGGGGUUCAGGAAGAAGCAAGCAGAGUAUCUGAGACAACUCAAGGGAAACGAGUCGCGCGCUGUCGAGCGGCAAGCGAAGUCGACCUACGACCCGCUCGUCUCGCUAGCUGACGACGAACAAGCUUCCCGCUCCGUCCUUUCACCCAGCACCCCCUCUCUAGCCCAACAGCAACUUUUCUCCUCGCCUGCUUCCGCCUCGACCUCCGCCAUUGACCAACGCACCAACGAGAUCCACAACAUUGCCCAGUCGAUCGCCGACCUCGCAGACAUGUUCAAGGACUUGUCCAGCCUCGUGAUUGACCAGGGCACGCUGCUGGAUCGCGUGGAUUACAAUGUUGAGCAGAUGAGUACGGAUGUGAAGGGCGCGGUGCAGGAGUUGCAGCAGGCAACGAGGUACCAACGACGCUCUGGCAAGUGCCAGCUCAUCUUCCUCCUCGUCCUCGCCAUCCUCGCCUGCCUCAUCUUCCUCACCUUGCGCCCGUCCCGACUACCGUCCUCGUCUCCUGCGACACCUGCACCCGCAGCGGCGACAGGCGAUGGUCGAGCUUCGACAGAGGAGAUAGCACAGGCGAUCAGCGACGAGUUGAGCGGGGGUGUGAGGCGACGACGAAGAGCGGAACAAGUCGACGAAGGCAGGGCGGAAGCAAGUUUGCGGCGAGGGGGCGAUUUCGACGCGCGCUGGAUGCGGCGGAGGCGGGGGAAUCGACGUCGGAUAGGCGUGGUCGAUGGUGUGGAGUAG